AUGGCGAGCGGCGGCCACAUGCACAAUUUCACCACCCUCAUCAAGCGGCUCGAGGCGGCGACCUCACGCUUGGAGGAUAUGGCAAUGUCCCUGGAUGACCCCAACUCUCCGAAGGGGGCUAUUGCUCCUGCUGCUGCUACUCCUGCAGUACCUGAGCCUCCAAAGCCUGCUCCUCCCCCACCCGCACCUCCGGCAGCCCCUCAAAUCCCCGCGCAGAUCCAAGACUUCGAUGCCUUGAUUAAAGGAGAUGUCCAGAACUUUGUGAAUCUGGGUGAGAAGAUUGGUGGAUUGGUCGCUGAACAGUCGAAAGCAGUCCUGCAGGCUUUCCAGGCUGAGCGCACCUACCUAUACGUUACAACAAAGGCCAAGAAGCCCGAACGCCUACCCGCGGAGCUUAUGACUGACCUCCACAAGGCGUCGGAUAGCAUUAACAAUGUUCGGGAAUCGAAUCGCGCAUCACCGUACUUCAACCACCUCAGCGCUGUUGCUGAGGGUAUCAUUGGCUUGGGCUGGUUCUUUGAAGACAAGCCCAAUGAGUUUGUGCUUGAGACGCUUGGUGCAAUCCAAUAUUACGGUAACAAGGUGCUUAAGGAGUACAAGGAGAAGGAUCACACACACAUUCAAUACAUUCAAGCAUACAACCAGAACUUCAAGGGACUGGCUGCCUAUCUUAAGAAGAACUACCCCAAGGGCCUGACCUGGAACAACGAGUCUGGUAUUGAUGCCCUGGAGGCCCUGAAACAAAUCAAGAGCGGGCCUGGCGCCCCAGCUGGACCCGGUGUUGUUCCCCCUCCCCCUCCCCCUCCUCCUCCCCCAGUCCCAGCUCUCAACGUUCCUGGUGGUGGUGCUCCCCCACCACCUCCUCCUCCAGGCAUCCCCCCUGCUCCUGCUCCCGCCGCUCCAGGUGCCGAUAUGUCUGCUGUCUUCGAUCAGCUCAACCAAGGCGAGCAGAUCACCUCAGGUCUCCGCAAGGUUGACAAGUCUGAGAUGACACACAAGAACCCCAGCCUGCGCGCCGGUUCCACCGCACCUGAGGGUUCCAGCGCCCGGGGCAAGUCUCCUGCUCCUAACAAGAAGCCCAAGCCCGAGAGCAUGCGCACAAAGAAGCCUCCCCGCAAGGACCUUGAGGGCAACAAGUGGCUUAUUGAGAACUUCGAAGCCCCCGAUGACAUUAUUGAGGUCACCGCAGCCCAGAACCAGUCUAUUCUCAUUUCUCGCUGCAACAAGACUAUUGUGAAGGUUACCGGCAAGGCCAACGCCAUUGCUAUCGACAACUGUAACGGUCUGUCCAUUAUCGUUGAAUCUCUCGUCAGCAGUCUGGAUAUCAUCAAGUCUCCCAAGUUUGCCCUCCAGAUCGAUGGCACUGUCCCUACUGUCCUGCUGGAUCAGGUCGAUGGCGCCACUAUCUACCUUGGUCAGCAGAGUCUUGCUACUGAGGUUUUCACCAGCAAGUGCAGUGCUAUCAACAUCAUGCUCCCGCCUAAGGAGGGUACUGAUGAUGACACCAAGGAGUGUCCCCUGCCUGAACAAAUCAAGAGCUACGUUAAGGACGGUGUUUUGGUGAACGAGAUUGUCGAGCAUGCUGGUUAG